AUAUUGCUCUUUUUUUUAUUUACCAUUUACCUUAUAUAUAAGGUGACGUUUAUCUAUAUGGUGCGUUAUUAAUCAAACAUCUUUUAUUAAUUCUUUUCAUGAGAAAGCAGGAAGUUUAAAUGUUCAUUAUGGAAAACAGAUCUUUAAAUGGUUCACCUGGUCCGUUACAUGUGUUUUUGGUUUUAAUGUGGAAGUAUUACAUUACAAUAUUUAAUUUUGUAAGUGAAAUUAAGACGUUUGAACUAUCGGACAUAAUUAUUUCUACGUUACUAAGGAAACCAUAAAUAUGUGAUGUAGACGGCAUUCACUCUAAAGCAUGGUACAAUCAUGGCUUACACAAUUUCAACGAAUAUAGGUACGAGAGAUCUGCAAAAUCUAACGAUAUAUUUACAUAAUGGAACAUUGGAACUUUUCGUUGAGAAAAACCGUUUUUUCCUACCUAAAACUAAAUGGGAUCCGAAAUAUGUAGUCAUUUGCAAACCAAAUGUCGGUAAACGUACAUGGAACAUGUGUUGCUACAAAGGCGCGCAUGCAGAUAAAGCGGAUAUAAACUACUCGAUGUUAGACUUUGAAAGUGUAAAAGAGUAUGAUAAUGUAGAUGAGCAUAUAUUUGGUUUUACUUUGAAAUUCGAGGAGCCAACGAAGACACCACUACAGUUCAGAUGCGAUACCAAGGAAUCCCGAAAUAAAUGGAUUGAACACAUACGUACAGCGAUCCAAGAUGCACACAAAGAUAGCGGAUAUUCAAGCGACACAGACAGACAAAGCAAGAAGUAUGAAACCAUAGAUGAUGUCGACAAUGAUAUUUCCGACAAACUACAUAUUACUGAAAUAGGAACGGGCGGGCUGAACAAAACGGGAGAGCUGGACAAAACGGGCGAGCUAAACAAAACGGAAGAGUUGAACAAAACGGACGUGCAGGAAAAUACUUCUCAAAUAACGGCUGCUACUGACAGUAAAGGCGGCACCGAUGACUGUAAUAAACACAGCUAUGAAACCGUGCAGGCAGAAAACAAAACUUUUAAGAAUUUUAGAAGCAAUGCAAGUUGCGAAGAAAAACAUGGAGCAGUUAUGGAUGAUAAACAAAGGAACUUUGAUGCACAUGUAGAGGAAGCGUGUUUACAUCCGGUCCAGGAAACAGACAGAGAGACAAGGAAAGACGGACUUUCAACAAAAUCUUACCAGACACGUAAGCCAAAGACACAGUGUCAUGCAAAAAAAUAUUCUCCCUACCAAGGAGCAAAAUCUUCAGAUCCCGUCAUUGAAACUGGCCAUAUUUAUGAAAAUAUAGUUAACGGGGAAAAGGGAAGACCGGGACGAAUAGGAAUUGGUGUAACUAAUGACAAACUUAUUUGUGAACUUAAAUUGAAGAUUAGAGACAGAACCAAGGACGCCUCAACUCCCAAAGGAUUUGCUUUGAUAAAAUCUGAGAUAUCUGUGGAAAGAGGAUCUACGUCAUCAUCGGAAUCCGAAUCUCUGCCGGACUCUCCGAUUCAAGAUCAAGCUUCUCAUUAUUCACUAUCAGCUACAAAAGGCGAUAAUACGGUUUUAAAGUUACCCGUCGCUUCUCCAACUGAUUUAUCUAUAAGAGAGGACGAAGUUUCAUCUUCAUUUAUAAGUGUAAAGAGUUGUUCAGAAUCAUUUACAUCUGUGAGAGGAGGGACAACUGAUUCAGAAACGGUACGAUCGCCCGAAAGAGAAGGAAAUGUCCGUUCAAAGACCGCUCAUUCAGACUCAUUUGCAUGUGUGAGGGAAGGUCAUGAAUGUUCUUCCUUAACAAGAGCGAAAACAUUUGCAUCUCCGCAUUCACAUUCAACAUCAGAGCGCUCAACAAAUAAUAAAUGUUUGCAUGAAAAGCAAAUGCAUUCAAUAUCUGGAGAUACUACAUCUUUUGCAUCUGUAAGAGGAGAUGUUACAUGCUGCUCUUGUUCUUCUACAUUAGUAAGGUCUAAAUCAACAGCAGUUAAAUCCGUCAACAAUGGGUGCACGAGAGGAAAACAGAAGCGUUCGAAAUCAACUGAUUCGGCUUCAUUAACAUCAGUUAGAAAUUGUCCUGUGUCUUCUACAUGUGAUAUACCAGGGAGAACAGAAGAGGAUUUGAACAUCUCACUUCUUAAAUCCGAGGCAUAUGAAGCUUCGAACGGAGAAAAUGAAGAGGUUAUAUAUGAAAAUACUAAAACUUACAUGACCGCUACAAAUCGCAAUUACUGUCGACAAGAAAGUGAAAUUAGCAGAAGUAGUAACAGCAGCAACUUACAUAGUACAAGCAGUUCAAGUAGUUUUAGUAGUAGAGAUAGUAAUGCAUCAUUGAAGACUUACGAGAGUCCCGAUGAGGGUGCUCAUUACGAAAAUAUAAAGUCUUUUCAGAAAAAGGAAUAUUAUUGUUCAAAGAAGCCGAAUGUAAAACGAAUGCUGAAGAACAAAUCGGCUGGAACAUUUCUUGUCUGCCCUGGAGAAAACGGCCUGGAAAUGUGUGUGAUGACACCGGACGAUGUAAAAUAUUUUCGCAUUCAUGAGCAGGAGGAAAAAAUGUCACUGUUUAAAUCUUUUUCAAAUCCGGACUUUGUACUACCGAACUUGGAUACUUUACUCCGCUACUACCAUAUCAACUGUUUACCUUUAAACGAAUAUAAAGUAACACUUGAGAGAGGAUAUAAAGCUAAAGAGAAGGAUAGUGGGUAGCUAGUGAUGUACUAGAAGAAUUCAAAGAAACUUAUGUCCAGUUCAAUGCAGUUGUUGUAACACACAUGCAGAACGUGUACACUAUUUACAUUAAAUUAAAUGUACAUCUGUCUUAUGUUAUAAAAUCUCAUAUAGAGCUUGAUGUUUAUGUAUCAUUUUGCGCAAUGAAAGCGGUCAUUGCAAACAUUUGUAUCACAGAGUCUUUCAAAAAAUGUUUAUUCAGUUUAAAGGCACUAUUCAUGUCAGUGAUGUUCAGUGAACCAUUUUGUGAACAUUUGAGCAAUAAAUAGUGGUUAUAGAUAAACAGAAGCAAAAUACCAGUUAAUAAUGUGCUAAACACAAAGCUUGAAGCGGAAGCGCCAAACACAAAACUAAAAGCAGAUUAUCAUUGAAUGAUGUGUCAAACACAAAGCUUGAAGUUAAAUAUCAGAAAUGAUGUGUCAAACACAAAGCAUGAAGUAAAGAGAAUAAUGUGUCAAACGCAAAGUUUGAAGUAAAAUAUCAGAGAAUUAUGUGUCAAACACAAAGCUUGAAGCAAAAUAUCAGAGAAUGAUGUGUCAAACACAAAGCUUGAAGCUAAAUAUAAAAGAAUGAUGUGUUAAACACUAAUCUUGAAGCUAAAUAUCAGAGAAUAAUGUGUCAAACACUUAAGCUGGAGGUACCUAUGCACAGGGUGUUAGGCACAAAGCUUGACACAGAAAAUGUCAAACGGAACGCUUGAAGGCGACAAACCACAGCCUAAUCAUAUAAUUUUGCCAAAAAGCGUUUUAGAAAGUUGUAAAAUAUGUUAGGUCAAUGCUUUCUUUUAAACAUUUGAAUAUGCACAAAACUGAAAUAUGGUUGGUUGCAAAUUCUGGUUGCUAGAUUCAUUUCAUAAGAUAAAUUGUUAUGUUUGCACUCAAUUUAUCUAUUAUUUGUAUGGCAUUUAAAUGCAGUCAUUAAAAAUCAACUAGU